AUGGAGAAGAACGGUGAGACCCGUGCCAAACGCAAGCGCAGUCCCGUUGCAGCAUCGGAUCGGCCAGCGAAGCAUCUCAAGCCCGAGUCGUCUGCCCUGACCCCCGGAGACAGCACUCCUGCCAACGGCACCGUCUACGAUAUCGAAGAUGAGGAGGACGAAACACCCAUGUUGCCCAUGGGGCCAACCCAAGCAGACUCUCCCGAGUGGCAGGCAACGAUCGAAAGGGUGGUGAAGAGCGUCGUGUCCAUACACUUCUGUCAGACGUGCUCCUUCGACACCGAGCUUUCCAUGUGCAGCCAGGCGACCGGGUUCGUCGUCGACGCCGAGAAGGGAUAUAUCCUGACCAACAGACACGUAGUCUGUGCAGGACCCUUCUGGGGUUACUGUAUUUUUGACAAUCAUGAGGAAUGCGAUGUUCGCCCUAUCUACCGAGACCCUGUCCACGACUUCGGAAUUCUCAAAUUUGAUCCCAAGGCCAUUAAGUACAUGGAGGUGACGGAGCUGAAACUGAACCCGGAAGCUGCGCGCGUUGGAGUAGAAAUCAGGGUGGUCGGUAAUGAUGCUGGAGAGAAGCUGAGCAUUCUGUCAGGUGUGAUUAGUCGUCUGGAUCGAAAUGCUCCCGAGUACGGCGAAGGCUACAGUGAUUUCAACACAAACUACAUUCAAGCGGCAGCCGCUGCAAGCGGUGGAAGUUCUGGAAGUCCCGUGGUCAAUAUCGAUGGCGACGUCGUGGCUCUCCAGGCCGGCGGUCGUGCCGAUGGUGCCGCCACGGAUUACUUCUUGCCUUUGGAUCGCCCCCUCCGGGCUUUAGAGUGCAUCCGGAGGGGCGAGCCUGUUACUCGGGGAACCAUUCAGACGCAGUGGUUGAUGAAACCUUUCGAUGAAUGUCGUCGACUGGGUCUGACCCCAGAGUGGGAGGCUGCCGUUCGCAAGGCCGCGCCCACGGAAACUGGGAUGCUGGUUGCAGAGAUCGUCUUGCCAGAGGGUCCCGCUGAUGGCAAACUCCAGGAAGGCGAUGUGCUUUUGAAGGUCAAUGGGGAACUUCUCACUCAGUUUGUGAGGCUUGAUGACAUCCUUGACUCAAAUGUUGGCAAAGUUGUCCGGCUGCUUGUACAGCGUGGCGGUCAAGACAUUGAGGUAGAGUGUAGAGUUGGCGAUUUACAUGCCAUCACUCCCGAUCGCUUUGUGACUGUAGCUGGAGGGACCUUCCACGAUCUCUCUUAUCAGCAGGCCAGACUUUAUGCCAUUGCCGUUCGAGGAGUGUACGUCUGCGAGGCAGCGGGAUCAUUCAAGCUUGAAAAUACUUUGUCGGGAUGGAUCAUCGAUUCCGUUGAUAAACGACCCACCCGUAACCUUGAUGAAUUUAUUGAGGUCAUGAAAACGAUACCUGAUCGCGCGAGGGUCGUGAUUUCCUACAAGCACAUUCGAGAUCUUCACACUCGAGGGACGAGCAUUGUGUAUAUUGAUCGUCAUUGGCAUCCCAAGAUGCGGCUUGCGAAACGGAAUGACGAGACGGGUUUGUGGGAUUUUACCGAUAUUGCUGAUCCUAUUCCCGCGGAGCCUCCCGUGCCUAGGAAGGCCGACUUUAUUCACUUGGAUGGAGUGAGCCAGCCUGCCGCUGCUGACAUCGUACGCAGCUUCGUCCGGGUCUCCUGCACGAUGCCGUUGAAGUUGGACGGUUUCCCGCAGGCAAAGAAAACGGGAUUUGGUCUGGUUAUCGACGCGGAGAAAGGCCUUGUAGUCGUGUCCAGAGCCAUUGUCCCCUAUGAUCUGUGUGACAUCAACAUCACAGUCGCUGAUUCGAUCAUCGUGAGCGGCAAGGUGGUGUUUUUGCAUCCAUUGCAGAACUACACCAUUGUGCAGUAUGAUCCGAGCCUGGUGCAGGCACCGGUGAAAACUGCCCAACUCAGUACGGAGCAUAUCAAGCAGGGUCAAGACACCAUUUUUGUUGGGUUCAACCAAAACUUCCGCAUCGUGGUUGCGAAGACGACGGUCACCGACAUCACGACGGUUGCUAUUCCGGCCAAUGCCUCUGCCCCGCGGUAUCGCGCAAUCAAUCUGGAUGCCAUCACCGUGGAUACAGGCCUUAGCAGCCAGUGCACGAACGGUGUCCUACUGGGGGAGGAUGGCGUCGUCCAAGCCCUGUGGUUGAACUAUCUUGGCGAGCGGACUCCGAACUCGCACAAGGAUGUAGAGUAUCAUCUCGGCUUUGCGACGCCUUCGCUUCUUCCCAUCAUCAGCAAGAUCCAGCAGGGGAUCAUCCCCAAGCUCCGGAUAUUGAACAUGGAGAGCUAUGUGAUCCAGAUGAGUCAGGCUCGGAUCAUGGGGGUCUCCGAGGAAUGGAUCCAGAAGGUGGCCAUCGCCAAUCCAUCUCGACAUCAACUGUUCAUGGUGCGAAAGGUGGACUGCCCUCCUCCUUCUUUUACGGCGCAGGCAGAUGCUCUACAGGAGGGGGACAUUAUCUUGACCCUGAACGGCAAGUUGAUCACGCGCGUGUCCGAAUUCGAUAUCAUGUACGACCAUGAAUACCUGGAUGCGCUGAUCGUGCGGAAUGGGCAAGAGAUGCGUGUCAAGGUUCCGACGGUGCCUACCGAGGAUCUCGAGACAGACCGGGCGGUCGUGUUCUGCGGGGCGGUGUUGCAGAAGCCCCAUCAUGCUGUCCGGCAGCAGAUCUCCAAGCUACACAGCGAGGUCUACGUCAGUGCCCGGAGUCGUGGUUCGCCUGCUUAUCAAUACGGUUUGUCGCCCACCAACUUUAUUACGGCGGUCAAUGGCGUGGAGACGCUGGAUCUGGACAGCUUCGUGAGAGAAGUGAACAAGAUCCCUGACAACACGUAUUUCCGUCUUCGUGCUGUUACGUUUGACAACGUGCCAUGGGUUGUCACCAUGAAGAAGAAUGAUCAUUAUUUCCCCAUGUCCGAGUACAUCAAGGACCCCAGCUCACCAGCGGGGUGGAGGACGAUAACAUACGAAAAAGGACAAGAAAAGCAAGGUGUGUCUGCAGACACGACCAACCUGAAUGCGGAUGCGAUGGACGAGGGUUACGACGGCGGAGGCAGCGACAUCGAGCCGGAUGGAGGAGAAUAG